GAUUUUUACUAUUAAUUUUCUGUCAGAGAAAAAAAAAAGGAUAAUCACCAUCUCCUGGCAUAACUCUUCAGGCAACUCCAAAUAUUCUUACACUAGAGAAAUGCCAAUCUCAGUCUCUCUGUCCAAAUAUAUUCUCUCACUUCUCUCCCCACCUCUCUCCUCAAAUUCCAUUUCUUUUGAUUUAAUUAAGAGGAGUGGAAUAACCAAGAAAGAAAAGAAACAGAGGAGGAGAGAGAGGAGAAGAGAGAAAAGCCUUUUUAAAGAGAGAUUUAAAAAAAAAAAAGAAGAACAACGAAGCCUCCUCUUCUGUUUCCAUUGUCAUCAUUUCUCAUCUCAAAUCUUAAUCCCCUUAGCAUUUUCUUUUCUGGGUCAUUUCCAAGAUGGGAUCUUGGGUUGUUUCCUGAUUGGUGCAUGAAGCUUUCAUAUGAUCCUAGAUUGGAUUUGACAACUACCCACCUUGUCUUUAAUCAGAUUCUGUCUGUAAUUCAUAACAAAGGAUAAGAUGGAAUCAGAUCUUGGUAAACUCUUCGUUGGUGGGAUAUCUUGGGGCACUGAUGAGGAACGUCUCAAGGAGUAUUUCAGGAAAUAUGGAGAAGUGGUGGAGGCAAUGAUCAUGAGAGAUCGUGUCACAGGUCGUGCCCGUGGCUUUGGUUUUGUUGUCUUUGCUGAUCCUGCAGUUGCUGAGAGGGUAAUUGUGGAUAAGCAUAUGAUUGAUGGUCGCACGGUUGAGGCAAAGAAGGCUGUUCCUAGGGACAAUCAACACAUUCUAAACAGGAACAUGAGUGGCAUCACUGGAUCCCCCAGUCCUGGACGCACAAAAAAGAUUUUUGUUGGAGGUUUAGCAUCUACGGUCACUGAGGGUGACUUUAAAAUCUACUUUGAUCAGUUUGGUACAAUUACUGAUGUUGUGGUGAUGUAUGAUCAGAACACGCAGAGGCCGAGAGGGUUUGGCUUCAUCACUUAUGAUUCAGAGGAAGCGGUAGACAGAGUCCUGUAUAAAAGAUUUCAUGAACUCAACGGGAAAUUGGUUGAGGUCAAGAGGGCAGUUCCUAAAGAACUCUCUCCAGGCCCCAGCUGCAGCCCUGUGCUUGGAUAUAAUUAUGGUUUGAGUAGGGCUGCCAACUUCCUCAAUAGUUAUGCUCAGGGAUAUAAUCUAAGCCCACUUGGAGGCUUCGGAGUCAGGAUGGAUGGUAGAUUUAAUCCUCUUGCUAGCGGUCGAAGUGGGUUUCCUCGAUUUAGUACCAGUGGCUAUGGAAUAGGUAUGAAUAUGGAACCAGGAAUGAGCCCAAGCUAUGGUGGGAGUUCCAAUUUUGGCAACAAUCUUGGAUACGGGCAGAUAAUUAGCCCCUAUUAUAGUGGGAAUUCAAACAGGUAUAACACUCCUAUUGGCUAUGAUGUUGGAAGUGGAAGAAAUGAUUCUAUUUUGAGCUCUGUUACUCAGAAUGUCUGGGGAAAUGCAGGCCUUAACAAUGUCACAAAUGCUUCCAGCCCUGGUGGUUACUUGGGGACUGGAAGUGGGAGUUUUGGUUCUUUAGGAAGUGGGCCUAAUUGGAGCCCUUCUCCUCCUGCACAAAGUGGAGGGAAUGGUUCUGGCUAUACUGGUGUGAGGGCUGGUUAUGGGAGUACUAAUGACAACUAUGGUUUGGGAGGGGGAAGAUAUGGAAGAAACAGUAGCACUGUUGCAGCUCCAACAUCAUCAUUUCCUGGGUCAACUGAAAAUUUUGAGGGGUCCUAUGGGGACCUUUAUCGCAGUGGCUCAGUUUAUGGUGACUCAACUUGGCGGUCUGCAGCUCCUGACUUAGAUGAUUCUAGCUCGUUCAGUUAUGGGCUUGGCAAUAUAUCCUCAGGUGUUACUGCAAGAACCUCUGAGGAUUAUGUUGGAAGUUACAGUAUCACAAGUAGACAGUCGAACAGAGGUAAUAUUCUCUUUAGUUUCAUGAAGUGGACCUUUAGAAUAGCCUCUGACUUUAGGUUAGUUCUACUCAAGAUUCACCGGGAUAGAAUUAACUACUUCCAACUUAAAGGUUUCAGCUGAACUUUCUUGACUCUAGAUGAAAAUUUCCUUGUGCUGGAAGUUAAUUGCAGUCAUAGUUUCUCGAUGUUUGAACCCAAAGCUUUGGUGUCUAUGAUGUUAGGUACUAUAACAUAAACUAGUUUCUUGGCAUCUGGUUAGCGGAGGGAGUCAAAAAGAACAAAGAUAAGGUCAUUAGUUUAAGGGGGAACUGAUUUGUUUGAAGUUCAUGGAGUUUGAAUUUAAGAUGGAGAUCAUACUUGUUUUGCCAUUUAACAGUUGUUGUGGAAUACACUCUGAAGAUUAUCUUUAGUCAUGUGUCAUGUCUGAAUCACCUCCUGCAAGGGCAGCCUACUGUUUACUUUUCUUGUGGCACCCUGAUAGAAUCCAUAAGUGUCAUUUUUUUUAUCCAACCUCCUUGCAUUUAUGCUUGCUUUUUAAACAGUUUGCAUCAAUGAAUAUUUGUCAGGACUUUUUCUUGGGGCCUGUAUGAAUUUGAUAUUGUUUUAAAUAAAUCAGAAGAAAUAAUCAAAUUUAAUUAGUAUCAUUCCUGCACUCUAUCAUGGAGACUGGAAUUUCAAUAAUCUAAAUAUUAUUAAUUUCGUAGGACUGAAUCACCAAAAGACAAUUUUUUUUACGUUCAGAUACUUGAGCUUGAUUCUAAACAUUUUAUUUAUGCUGAUAUGUUGAAGCUUGAGAGGUGAAUGCCAGCUUGCUGCAUUUGUUAAUUCAUCU